CCCUAGAUUGCUACUGUUGGUGAUAUGCACUGCAUGCGAUUGCGUGCUCGAUUUCCGAAAUGUCGAUCCCUUUCAAUGGAACUCGUACACGUUCAAAAGGAAUAAUAAGUGCAAUAGCAAAGCAUUUGAGAACUUUAUCUUUAAAACCAGUUAAAUCAAUUGAUAUAAAAUUCGAUCCUUUUCAUGAUAAAGCCUUGGAAGCAAGAGAUUUUCUAUUUCACAUUACAACUCCAAAGAUUAUUGCAACAAAUCCACGUUGCAUUGUAAAACCAUGCAUUGUUUCUGAUUUAUCUGAACCCGUAAUUACAUUCAAUUUGUUAUCUGGCGAUAAAAUAGUAUGCAAAUGUGCAAACUUGACAUCUUUAAAUCUUUUGGAACUUUACAACAAACACAUUACAUCUUUGUCUCCAUGUGAAUCUGAAGAUUAAGUUU